CCUGGGACGGGUGGAGGGCACUGGCACCCCUGAGCCGAACCGAAUCAGCCCGUCGGGCCAUGGCCCGCCUGCCCCUUCCUCACCCCGCGUCGCCCGGCAGCCUGGGUUUCCUUUCGGUUUCUUCAAGCCUUCCUGGCUGCUCCUUCGACUGAGGGCCGGGUCCUGGCGCGGGGGCGCCUGGCGGAGGAGCUCCGCCUCCGGGGGUUUCCCCGCGGUGAGCGGCCGGCAGGGGGCGGGCUCGGCCGUACCGACCUCCCACGGUCCGUUCUCGACGGCGCCGCCGCCUCGCGCCCCUCUGCCACCCGGGACUGGAGCGGGCCCCCGCCGUCUCCUCCAGGAUCGCUGGCGGGCGCGGGGAGAGGAAGCGAAAGCCACUGAGAAACCAGGGGCACGUCGCACUCCGGAGCCUGCCUGGGAGUCAGACAGGUCCAGGCAGCCCCAUUCCCCCAAACUCCGCGAGAUGAGUUGGGGCUGGGGAUCCUGGUUGUGCGCCGUCCUAUUCCUCCUGCUGGAGCUACUGAUUCUGCCAGGUGAUGGCAACGAGGGCAGCGUCACUGGAAGUUGUCACUGUGAUAAAAGAAUUUCUUCUGACUCGCCCCCAACGGUUCAAUGCAUGAAUCAUCUCCGAAAACAUCUGAAAGCUUACCACCGCUGUCCUGGCUACAUCAGGUUCCAGCUACCUUCCCGGAGUGUGUGUGGCGGCAGGAAAGACCAGUGGGUUCAGGAAUUGAUGAGGUGCCUUGAUCGCAAAGAAUGUGGACGUGCUCACUUGGGGACUCUGGCCCGCCGGGAGCAUUUACCUCCUCCCAGCACCCAGAUUUCUGAGCCCUCAGAGGGGGCACCUUCAGACAUGCGCACCCCUGCCCAGACGCUCAUGCCAUCCACUCUGCAGUCUACCCAGCACCUCACCCUUCCACUAGGAUCACUGUCCUUGGGCAAAGAGCUCCCUCAUCCCAAUGAAACCACCACUCCCACCGUGGGCCACAGUCUUGGAGUUGGGCAUGAGGCUGGGGAGAACCAGAAGCAGCUGGAAGACAAUGCUGGUCCUGAAGCUGGGAUAUCAGCCCUAGUAGCAGUGCCAUCCCUCCUGGGCAUCAUCUUUAUCCUCACUGGAAUCCUUGUGUAUCUGCUGUGCAAGAGGAGGAAGCAGUCACUAUACUCCUCUCCAGAUUUGCAACUUCAUUAUACACUUGUGGCACCAGAUUCCAAUGCCUGAGUCAAGAACAGAAGCUUAAAAAGAAAAACAAAAGCUUGUAAGGGUAGAGACUGUGAUUUAUUUUCCUAAGAAAUCUUUAUGUGCUAGCUCAGUCUUCACUACUAAAAGGUCUUUAUGGUUAACCUCUGGCAGGAGUAGGUGCUCAAUACUAUCUCUUAAUAUUUGACUAACUAGCUGCUGCUCUUAGACCUCUCGUUUUAAAAAAAUGCUGUAUUACAAAAUAUUUCUGUUCUAUUCGGUGAUGAUGGCUUGAACAAUUCUCUGUGUGUUUUUUAACUACUAAAAAUUAUUUUUUUAAUUAUUGACUCCUGUUUCUGCAGAAAUUGGCCUCAGGCCUGGGCCCCCUUUUAAUUCCAGGCUUCAGUUUUACUAAUGGUUCCCCCUUGUCCCAAGUCUCUCUUCGCACUACACCAGUUGUUCCUCCCCAGCCUCAGCCCUCUCCCACUUCCUCCCUAAACCCCACAAUGAAAGCCUGGGCUUUCCCAGCCUCCUUCCUUAGUGGCUGCUGUGCUGCUGCCACCAUACAGACUGGUUUUACUUCCUGAAUCACUUGCGUCAGUCAUAUACCUCAAAUGAGAAUCUGUUCUUG